AUUCGCUCUGGGCCUUUUGGAGGGAAAAGUGUCGUUUUUAUUUUGACUCAAUUAUUUUGUGAAAUCUAGUUUAAAGUGGAAUAGGAUAGUGCUAUUGUGCCUUAAUCAAAGAUUUAAACGCCAAAUUAUUUAUACGAAUCUCGAACUAAAAUACCCGUAUCGGUCCGUUCAGGAAUCCCGAGUCAAUCCAACCACGCCGCCUCAAGUUGCCUGCCCUCUUUGUCGCGGCCAUAUUUACAGAAACAAUUAAACGAAGACAUGGCUCAAAAAACUUGUAUCCAAGCCAAAAUUAUUAAUAAAAAAAAAGAUAUAUAUUACACUGUCUGUGGAGAGACUAGAAAAAAGUAUUCGUCGCGAAGCAUUUUUGGUCGCCCUAUGAAAAUAAUUAUUCUAUUAAACGUCUCAACAACUUGUUCGUUAAAUGAAUACUUGAAACUGGCGGAAUCCGAAAAGGGCACCGCCUUCUAAAAAGAAGUCGGUAUAUAAUACUAAUAAUUUGGCAUUACAAACGACGCUAUUUGUGUCGUGAUUAUAAAAUAAGCUUGAACAGUGUAGGUUUCUUGUUUCCGCAUUAUAACAUCGACAAAGGAUCGCUAAUAUCAUGUACGUGUUUGACGUGAUGAUUAAAGAAGAAACCCUUGACGAGGGGCAGAUAAAAACAGAAGAAUACAGUCCACAGUCAUUGAAGGCACUCUCAUCUGUGAAAUGUCAGGAAAUUAUCCGUGUUUUACGAAACCCACAUGAAUGGGUUGAAUAUUCAGAAAUGGUACAAAAACACCAAGGCAAACAAGAAAUAUCUAGACAAUGUCAAGAACAAGCUAAUUUAACUUCGUUACCUACUAUUAGUGAAAUCAAAUCUGAACUAAUAUGGGAACUAGAUGCAGAUCCAAUUCGGCUACAACAUGAACCAAAUGAACAGUGUGGAAGAAAUCAAACGCAGCCCGAGUCAAUUUCAGGAAAAGACGAGAUGGAACUUGAUUCAGCUGUAAAAGCUGACGAAAUUAUACACAUUACCAAUGAUCACACGUACGUAGAUGCACAAGCCGAUUCAAAGUACGGAUACACAGUAGAUCAAUUGAACCCAGAUGACACAAUCCAAGAAGAGCCACCACAACAUCUUGUUGCUGACUGCAGGGUACUGCUAAUUAAACAUAUGCCUCCAGUGUGGCAUAUAAAUAAAAUUCGACAAUUUGUUAUUGAAAACACAAGUGCUACGCAAGAGGACAUUAUUGACAUUUUCAUAUAUAGUACAGAAACUAAUAUCAAUAGAGGACAAUUUUUAUUUGAAUUCAAGAGCCCAAGAAUCUGUCACCAGGUAUUUAAGGAGUUUAUGCAAUUUGCCAAGCAAAAGCUGUACACAAUGAGAGCAGAAUAUGACAUAGGCCAUCAAAAACUCAAUUAUAAACUGAAAGAUAUACAAUUGAGACCUACUAGCAAAUCGGCACAGAUUCACCAGCAAGUCAACAACGAUACUUAUGGACUGAGCUUAUCGUAUCUGGAAAAUCUCGGUAUCCAACCUCCACUAUCUCCCACAGUAUUCGUUAGCCAAUUAUCCAUGUAUGUGGAUGACGAACUUGUCAGACAAAUAUUUUCAAUUGCCGGGCAAAUCAAGUUCUUCUCAUUUCGAGUGAUUUCUCUGGCUGACAUCACGGCAGAAAUCGAAUAUGACCAUCCCGUGGAGGCUGUUCAGGCUGUUGCUAUGUUUGACAAGCAAAAAAUUUAUGAUAGGGUAAUUAGUGUAAAACUAGUCCAAAGAAACGCUCACACCUUUAAGUUACCGCGUGGUUUGGUGACAGUUGGCCCAGGAUUAGGCCCAAAUGGGGCGCCCUUGAGGGGCGUCCGAGCUGUGAUGGAAUUACAGCCAGUUAAAGAUAUACUUCAUGACAUUAAAUUCGCUUUAAGAAACGUGCACAUGGACUCUCAUAACAGCUAUUUCGACAAACCAGUUCAGAUACGCAAGGAAGCCGACAUCGUCGCGCCGUCGACCAAUGACUAUUCUAACACUGAACAGCAAAAUACACAUUCACACUCUUUCACUCACGGUACUAUUGUUAACAUUGAACAGCAAAGUACACUUUCGAGUUCUACCGCUAACAUAGAACAGCAAAACGCACAUUCAAGCUCUAUCGCUAACACUGAACAGCAAAAUGCCCAUUCCAGUAUUAUUGCUAAUACUGAACAACAAAAUACACCCUCGACUUCUACCACUAACAUUGAACUGCAAAACACACUUUCGACCUCCAAUGCGAUAGCUCAUCCAAGUGUGUUAUUAGAAUUAGCUAAUACAUUAAAAGAUUUGAUUAAUACUUUACAAAAGAACAAUUUAGUUAACACUAAUGUUACUCCUAAUAUUACACAAGAAAACGUUUCUCAAAAGAGAUCGAGUUCUAACCCAAUUCAAUCUCAAAAUGAGAACUCACAAAAUGCUAAUUUAGGUCCCGAACCGGCAAAAAAACCUAAAGGUAAAUUAGGCCAACAACUACCAGAUUCUUCUUCAACCAUGUCUGUCCAACAUCCAUCCACUUCCAGAGAGGCAUGUCGUUCUCAAGAUUGUAACCCGAAUGUUGCACGGUACAAUUUUCAACAUCACCGUAAUUUAGCACAAAACAUCAUUCUGCCCAACAAUAACGCACCAUUUAUUCCAAAUGGUCAUAACGUAGUUAGAUUUGAUAUGAUUGGAAGCAUGCUCAAUUCAAACCAAUUUGGAUUCAACAUGGGUCACAAUGCUCGCAGUAACGUUCACAAUGUGCCACCUCACGUACCUCAUAGUAUUUCUCGAAACAUUCCUAAUGGAAGCCAAAACCCAGAAACUUCUCAGCUGAAUGUGGCACAAAAUAAGCCAAAUAUGAGUCAAAAUUCCCCUGUGUACAGGACGAAUUCAUUAAGGGGUAACUUGAACCAGAAAAAUACAAACACACCAGAAGAAAGGCGCAACACAAAUAUAGAUCAACAUGCUCCUGUGCGCAAUUCGGAAUCUCCUGUAGAAAUUGUAAAUACAAAUGUCAACCAAAACCCUUCAGCUAAUCAGAAUAUGUAUCAAAUACCUCCUAACAUUAACCAAAAUGUACAUGAAAGCACACCGAACACAAACCCCUCUGACGUGAGUCAAAUUAAAACACAAAACGCGUAUAAUGUCUAUCCAAAUUCGAAUACAUCUGAUACAAACAAAAACGAUAUAUUAUGUUCACGGAACUACCCAUCCUCGGGUCCAAGUACAUCUCAAAUUACUCAAAAUAUCUUAGGGUCAGAUCAAAAUCCUGCCAUGCCAACUUCGCCGCCAACGCCUCCUGCGCCGCAAAUCACGAACUUAUCAUCUAUAUCCAGAAGUGUUGGAGAUUCUGAUAGACAAGUGGAUGUUAAUAAAUUAGACACGGUGAUUUUCAACGAUCUUCCAGACGGUGUGACAGUGAAGAUUUUAAAUUCAAAGAUGUUGGAAGUGGGAAAGGUGCAAUGCAUAGAAAACAUAAGCAAAGGCUGUUUCAUGGUAAAAUUCAAGUAUCACCGGGACGCCGAGCGCUGUGUCAAAUUGUUCCAUCAUUCAAAAGUCGACGGCAAAGUCAUCGAUGUGAAAUAUUUCCAAUUUUAAUGAUAUCUGUAACCAUUUCUCCCAAAUCUCCAAUUUUAAUGAUAUCUGUAACCAUUUCUCCCAAAUCUCCACGGGAGCAGUCUGGGCCCUUAGUUGAAACGGCGCAAGUUAAUGUUUUUCAAAAUAUUUGAUAAAUUGCCGUGAUCAGAAAAAAAAUGCCGAUCUGCCGCUACGCAAGGCUAUAAUGAAAUAUCUUUGAGACGUGAGAAAUGAAAAAAUCAUUUCACGCUGCUGUUUAAAAAAAAACUUCAAGACAUUAUGGAGACGUCAGAUGACAAAACAAUUUGUAAUCGGAGAUAGAUACAUGUUUCUUCACGCUCUACAAUAUCAAAAGGUUUACUUUGUGACGUUUUUCUUUUGUUAGUUUUGCAAAACUUUAUUUUUUCUCUAAUCAUCACAAGAAGACCGAAUUUUAAUUUUGAAAACAAAUUAUCUCAUAAAAUAAUUAUAGUUUAAUACGUAGGUAUUAUAUAUUUCUUUACCUUUACAGUAAUUCCUAACGAUCUAUGUAUUUCUGUUACCUUUCUAGUCAACACUAGUCAAACUAGCUAUUGCAUUGAACAUACUUGUUGUAACAUUGUACAUACUUGUUGUAACAUUGAACAUACUUGUUAUAACAUUGAACAUACUGGU